CGGAGAGGCGGAGCUCGUACCGUCAAGGCCGGCUAUGGGAGAAGCUCCAAGAUGGCGGCAAUGUAAACAAGAUCCGGCGAUAACGGAGAUGAAUACAGUGGAUAGCAUGUUUUUUCUUGGAGAAAAUGGUCAUGAUGGAACCCAGGUACCAAGCCAAGUUGAGCUUUAAUGGUCUCAACCAACACAUUGAACCUCAUAAACUACAAGCAACCAAUGCAAUUUCUGCAAUAUUGAGAUGUGGAGUGGUCUGCUACCUCCUGGUGUUAAUGAAGCUGACGUUGCUGUAAGUUCAGAUGACGAAGAAACAGUGUCUCUUCCUGAGAGUAUGUUAAAUGAAAAGCAAGAAGAAAAGAAGUUCCUAGACAAACAGACUUGUGAUCAUGAGGAAAAAAAUAUGGCUGAAAACCAACUUCCUUCUGCAGAACAGGAAUGUCUGGCAUGCCUUCCUGGAGUUCCCUUAGAUAUGUGGAAUAAAUUUCAGAAUCUGAAAAAGAAAAACCUUGACAUGAAAAAUCAAGAAAAAUGUCAAAGAAAUAAACGACAAAAGAGAAAACAUUCCCCAAAAGGUAAAAUGAAAAGCAGUGAAGAAAUAACUGAAAGCCAAGAGUCUGUAAAAGAAAAACACUUCAAAGAGCUCACUCAAUAUUUUGGAAUCAAUGAUAGGUUUAAACCACUGGAAAGCAAGGAAACUACUCAAAAGUCUGGCCUUGAAAUCAGUAUAGAUAAAUGUGUAGCUGAAGGCAAUAUUGCCCAAGCUGAGGAAUUAAGUGAUAGCUUAGCUACUCGAGAGAUUCUGGGAAAUAACUUGAAACAUCUGAAAACCAACAUCAAUUAAAGAACUAGCAGCUGUGACUUCACAUUAUUGUGAGUAUUAACCCUCAGUAAGCACUACCUUGAGGUGGUUGUGGGGCAUUUGUAUUCUGAGGAAGAUGACAGCUAGAGAUUCAGCUAUAAUGUACAGGUCUCAUUAGAGGAGCCAAGCAAAUAAUGUCUCUCCCAUAAGCAAUAUGGUAAGAAGUAAUUUAUACCAGAAUAGUUGUCGAUUGGGUCAAUAAGGAUUCUGCUGGAUGUACCUGGAUAUCUGGGGACAAAUAAACUACAGGAUUCAGGACUGUUGGUUGUCGAACAAGGGCCAGCAGCUGUGGAUUACUGGAAGAAAAGUUGUAUACUCAUCAAAACUAUACAAAGAAUUAACACAAAGAAAUAGUGAUCUGUUAUUAACAUUUUCAAGAAGUACCAUCUGCCCACAAGCCAGAACUGGUGGGAUUAAUAGAAGUUAUAGAAAAUGAAGAAGCUCAAGUAUUCUGGGACUUUAGAAUUCAAACAGACUUGCCACAUAACACCCCAAACUCAAUUGUCAGUAAGAAAAAUAAAAAGUCCAUAAAUUGGACAUUGCAGUACCAAAUUAUACCAGAGUUGAAGACAGAAGUUAAAAUUAUGCCAAAAGAAAACAAAGAUAAUAGUAAUAGGUGCCUUGGGUACAAUCCCAAAAACUCUGGAGCACUACUUGAAUAUCAUUGGUAUUGACAAAAUCACCAUCAGCCCGUUGCC